UACACAAAGGCUAAUGUCAGAGAAUUUAAAUUCUAUCACAGUUUCCAAAAAGUUUUUGACUUGAUUCGAGCAUGAAAAGGGGCGCAGUUCUAUUUAUUUUAGGAUCUUUCAUAGUGCUACUGCUCUACCUUUUAGGUUUAGCCUUUGUCUUGAGCGACAAUGCAUUCAGCAAGGACUGCGAGAUGACUUACAUGUUCGAGUACCCUCAGUACGUUCGAAUAUCCCAAAAAAUAGACGAUAAAUAUCUAAAAUAUGGCCUGUAUGCUUAUGCAGAGGGCAGAAUGACUAAAAAAGCUAGAAAUAUGCAUUUUGAUGGUAUUCCUGUUCUGUUUAUCCCUGGCAGUGCAGGCUCCCAUCAGCAAGUUAGGUCUUUAGCAUCAGUUGCACUAAGAAAGGCACUCAAUUCAGGCACCCCUUUUCAUUUUGAUUACUUUACUGUUGACCUUAACAAGGAAUUCAGUGCGUUUUAUGGACCACAUUGUUAUGACCAGCUUGAGUAUGUGCUUAACUCAAUAGACACAGUAUUGAAAUUGUAUCAGACACCUAAACAAGUUGUGCUUAUAGGACAUUCUAUUGGUGGAAUUGUUGCUAAAAAAGCCAUCUCCCAUUUACUAAAAACCAAGAGGCCACUGGUAUCAGUGUUGAUAACAUUAGCCUCACCUGUGAGAAGGGGAUUAAUUUAUUUUGAUAGACAUUUAAGCCAGUUCUACUCGGAUAUUGACUUAGGGGAUAGUGUAAUGGCAAUCAAUAUAGCUGGUGGCCACAGUGAUGUCUUGGUGCCAUCUUAUCUAACUAGAGACUUAAGCAAUAAAAGUAUUAAUUUAGUUGCUACUAAUGUGGCAAAAUGUUGGGUUGAAUCAAACCAUGUACAAAUUUUAUGGUGCAAGCAGCUUGUGUUAGCAACUAAUAGGGCUCUUUUCGAUAGUGUUGUUGGCAAAGAAAUUUCAGUUGAUUUAGUUGGAAAAAUGUUUCAGCAUCAUUUAGUGCAUAACAGUGGCACUAAAGUAGAUGCAACAAAACCUGCAACCAUUGCCCAGCGUGGAGACUGGAUUGAAAGACUACAAAGACAGUAUUCAGUUGAAUUUAAAAAGGGGCUAAGGCAACCACAAACUUAUAUGGUGGGGAUCACUUAUCAGCCCACUUAUGAACUACUGACAGUUUUAGCAUUAAAUUUAGAAGUGUCUAAUUGGGUAUUUGCUUGUAAUGCUGCAUUUCCUAACAGUAAGGGCCAAAGAGUAUGCACAGAAGGUGAGCAUUUGAGUCAAUAUUCUGAAAUAGCUCCUAGCACCAAAUAUAAGAGAAGAUUAGUCACUUUGAAUAUGCAUGACAUUGGAAGAGCUAAUAAGGAACAUACCCAUAUAAUAUUCAGGGCAGAAGCCACUUCUGAACCAGUUACUUUCCAUGUUGAUAUUCAUGGUUCUGCUGAAAGGGAAUCCCAGGUUACCCUCCCAAUAUUUUCGCUUAAAAAACACAUAAUUUUACGGGAGACCCCUGAAAAUGCUUUAAUUUAUAACUUGAUAUUUCCUGAGUUGCAAGACCCUUUCCAAAUCUAUUAUUUAUUUGUUGAACCUCUUAAGUGUAAAGUAAAAGAACACCAUGCUACAGCAAGCCUUAUUGUACCAUGGGCCAAUGAGAGUAUUCACACACAUUUUACGGAAACACUGAGGAAACCAUUUGUUUUGAGGCUUCAGAACCCAAAACCAACUUCUGAUAAUAGAUUUGCUAAAGUGAGGCUGGUUUUGGAACCCUCCUGUACCUACACAAUAAGUGUCAAACUUCACAUCCUAGGAGUUUUUGGGCAAAUCUCGCGCUAUUAUUCGACAUUUUUAUUAUCAAACGUGGCGACAAUCAUUUUGUUGGCUUACCAAAACCAACUCUUGAAAAUGGGGCGAGAGAAAAGAGUACCAAUACCAUUUGUAUCCUUGAUUGAUGGGCUGAAUAUUGGUUGGGUUCUUGUGCUAAGCUGUUCGGUACCAGCAGUUUUACAUGCUUAUCUACCAGAACCAGAAUUCGGCAUCUUUCCGAACUACAUCUACCGAACUCUGGCCUUAAUAGUACUAUUUCUAGCCUCCUACGCCUUAGUUUGGGUUCUAAUUAUGGCCUUUUGUGUCUCACUUUUUACGUUGGAAUCUACCAUACAUAAGCUGACUUUAAAGAUCCUGGCUAAGUCGGUGACCCUGACCAUCAAGUUCUCCGAUUAUUUUAUGACGUUUUUGCAUAAAGUACCAUUUUUAGUAUCAGCCGCGUUGGUUGUACUCUGUUUUUCCACCUGUGGCGGCCUAGCCCUAAUAGUGGGUGUUGUGUUUUACUUUUUAAAAUUGACCCAAAUGUCCCAGGAUUACAUUGAAGAAGUGGCCUGGUUUCUGGUUAAAUCCGCUGCAAAAAGUAUUAAAAAUUUCUUCAGGAAGCAAAAAACUGCCCCCUUAGCUAUAGAAGAAACUACAUCUUCAGUAACACCCUCAACAGAUGAUAUUCAGCAGGUCUCAAAAGAACCACCUGCAAGCGACAGAAACCCUUUGAAAGACCUUAGGGAAACUAACGAUAAAAUAUUCUUUCAUUCGUCCAUGUUUUUCAUAUGGGUAUUUGUGGCCGCAUUAAAUGUCCCUGCUGUGGUUACUUGGGCUCACAAUUAUAGGUUUAGCAAAUUUUUGUCACCGGACGAUUCGUUUUUGAUUGGCCUUGUGUUCUGUUGCGGUGGGUUCUUUUUAUGGCAUUGCGAGUUUCCUAAACUGAACAGGAAGUAUUUUAAAGAAUUGAGGCUGCUAACCAUUAGUUUUAUCCCCAUAAGUUUUCUUUAUGGGGCGCUAUCGGUUUAUAGAAUAAAUUACAUGUUAACUCUCUUGUUUCUGCUGACUCUUGUUCAGCAACUGUUGGCACCUACGGUUACGAAUAGUGAUGAAACUGCAAUAAAUGAUCCUAAAGACGAAGCAGACAAAUAUGACGAGGCAAAAAUGAAAAUGCACUGAUAUUAUUUAAUGGUAGGUCAGCUGCGUAGAAUAAAUCAAUGUAUAUUUUGAACAAAACAGUAAUAUAUGAUUUUUGUUGUUA